AUGGAGCCACAAGGGAUUGUCAAAGCCUUUCCCAAGAGGAAGAAGGUGAGGGAUGACUCAGGGCGAAGUGUCCCUCCAAAGAUCCCAAAAGAGGAAGGAACGAGGAUACCUGAGGCAGAGUGGCUGAAACCAGUCACUGCCUUUGUGUUGCAAGCUGGCAUUGGCCAAGCCAGAGCAGAGAUCUUCCACAAGGAGAUUGUCCAGAAUGGGGGUGUUGUACACAACCAGCUCUCCUCAGAGGUGACGCACGUCAUUGUGGCUGAAGACAUGAACUGUGACCGGGCAUUUCGGCUCCUUAAAUUAACCAAGCUACCUUCAAGGUUGCAGCUAGUGAAAGCAUCCUGGCUAAGUGCUUGCAUUAGAGACCAGAAGCUGCUGAGCACCGCUGGCUACGGUGUCUUUAUCCCUCACAGGUACCUGGAGGAGGGACAGCUGCAGAAAGAGAAGCAGCAGCAGGUCCUGGGCAGUGAAGAGAUCCAGCCCCCAGCAGAGGAGGGAGCAGUGAAACCAAGUAUUGAAGCACAGGUGGAGAAUUCUUCACAGCGAGGCCUGGGCAUCCUUGGACAGCAGCAGCUGGCUGAGAAAGACUCUGAUGAUGAAGACAGCGAAGGAGAAGAUGCUAGUGUCACCCAGGGAGAUCUGGAAGCAUUGAUUUCUGGCCACUACCCUGUGAAAUCAUCAGAGGAGACCAGUGACAGCUCUUCCACAGUGGCCCAGCCUGCCAGCAAGUGGGUUUGUGCUCAGUCCUCCAACAGCAAGAAGGAGAAUCACAACCAAUGCAUCACGGAGAAGCUGGAAGUGCUAGCAAAGGCCUACUCUGUCCAGGGGGACAAGUGGAGAGCCCUGGGCUACUCCAAAGCCAUCAAUGCGCUCAAGAGCUACCACAAACCAGUUACCUCCUACCAGGAAGCCUGUAAAAUCCCGGGGAUUGGGAAGCGGAUGGCAGAGAAGAUACUGGAGAUCUUGGAGAGUGGACACCUGCGCAAGCUGGAUCACAUCAGUGAGAGUGUGCCUGUGCUGGAGUUGUUUUCCAACAUCUGGGGAGCAGGGGUCAAGACAGCUCAGAUGUGGUAUCAGCAGGGUUUCCGGACGCUGGAUGAUAUCCGCACCAAGGCGACUCUUACCAGCCAGCAAGCUGUGGGGCUGAAGCACUACACGGAUUUCCUGGAGCGCAUGCCUCGGGAGGAAGCUGCAGAAAUAGAACAGACUGUCAGACAAGCUGCCCUGGCCGUGAAGCCUGGGCUUGUGUGUGUGGCAUGUGGCUCCUACCGUCGAGGGAAGCCCACCUGUGGAGACGUGGAUGUGCUCGUCACUCACCCAGAUGGGCAGUCUCACCGUGGGGUGUUCAGCAAGCUGCUUGACAGCCUCCACAGGAGCGGCUUCCUUACAGAUGACCUGGUGAGUCAGGAGGACAACGGCGAUCAGAAGAAGUACCUGGGGGUGUGCCGUCUCCCUGGGCCAGCCCAGCGUCACCGCCGGCUUGACAUCAUCGUGGUGCCUUACAGUGAGUUCGCCUGUGCCCUGCUCUACUUCACCGGCUCGGCUCACUUCAACCGCUCCAUGCGGGCCCUGGCCAAGACCAAGGGCAUGAGCCUAUCGGAGCAUGCCCUCAGCUCAGCUGUGGUGCGAGGCCCUGGAGGCAUCAAGGUGGCAUCUGGUCAUAUUCUGCCCACUCCCACUGAGAGAGAUGUCUUCAUUCAGCUGGGGCUGCCUUACCGGGAGCCCUCAGAACGGGACUGGUGACACCCGGCUGUCACCCAGCACCCUGGGCCCACUGCCGUGCUGCUGUUUUGAAGGGUGCUGUUUUCCUGAGUGCUGCUCUGUGGUGACUG